UAAAGGCAGGACAGAAACGAAGAACAUCACCUAGCAUUCACUUUUACCUACUUGGACAUUAGGCUGGAGAUGGCUGUGAGAUCCUUAGGCGGAAUCUGCAAACUUGGACUACUCUUGCUCUCCUUGGUCAUGCUGUCCUACUUACCUAUAGGUACAUCAGUCAGUCUCGAUUUAACUGAGCUGAGAAACAAAGUUUCAAAAAUCAAAGUAAAUCCACGAGGGAAUCUUUGGGCAACAGGACAUUUUAUGGGUAGGAAGAGUAUUCCGGACAGCUGUGUAGAUUUGUCCGAGCUGAAUCAGGACCAGAGAGCCAUGCAGCAUCCCCAACAGAGGACAGAUCAUGUCAACCAGGACAUGGACUUUGUGGUAAAGCUUUUGAAAAGCUACAUUGCAAAAAGGAAACGAUAAGAUUGCCAUAACGUUACCACUGAUAAUACGGACAUUUGUGCUAACAUACAGAAGCAGAUUUCCACAGAGCUACUCACGACCUCCAUUUCAUGACUGUCCGAAUAAGGAGCUGGGAUUCACCUAACAUUCUGUGCAGCUUAUUCAUAACUAA